CAGCCGCAUCAGGAUUAGCAGUUGUGGCUAGCUGCUAGUUAGCACCGAGGACUGCAUUUCUUCUCAAAACUGCGACAACCGAACAGCAGAGCGAUGCCGUGCUCCGUUAACCGCCGGUAAAUGUUGCCCCGGGGGCAGAGUUUGCUCACAGCGGCGCCAUGUCGGACAGAAAACGAGCCCGAGGGAAGGAGGAGAGGGACAGACGAGACCACAAGAGACACAAGGCGUCUAAACAUGAGCUGGAGAAAGACAAGACAUACACCAAGAAACUCAGCCAAGAAGUCCAGAAACUUAAACACGUCGAAACCUUCUAUGAAAAACCUCCGCCGGGACUUAUUAAGGAGCAUGAAGACAAACCAGAGGACUGCAUCCCUGCAGAGCCAGGAAAUGAAGAAGCCAGGAGCUUCCUGGCACACGCGCCCACCAAGGGCCUGUGGAUGCCUCUGGGGAAGGAGGUGAAAGUGAUGCAGUGCUGGAGGUGCAAGCGUUACGGCCACCGCACCGGAGAUAAAGAGUGUCCCUUCUUCAUCAAAGGCAACCAGAAACUGGAGCAGUUCAGAGUGGCUCACGAAGACCCCAUGUACGACCUGAUCCGAGAAAACAAAAGGAAUGAAAAAGAAACGAGGAUCCAGCAGCUUCAGCAGCUGCUCCAAGACACCACCUCCUCUUCCUCCGACUCGGACAGCUCCACCUCUUCCUCCUCCUCCUCCUCCUCCUCCUCCUCCUCCUCCUCCUCCUCAGAGCACCACCGCAGCAAGAAGAGGAAGAAGAAGAAGGAUAAAAAGAAGAAAGACAAAAAGAAGAGGAAAAGGAAGCGAAAGCAUAAGUCCUCCAAAGCCAGUGACUGCUCGGAUUCAGACUGACGCUCUGGAACCUACUGAUUCAUGAACUCUUUGAGUAAAACUGAAGAAAAAAAAAAAAAAGCAAAUGUAGAUCACACGCAGCAGGAAAGUGCGCUACAGAGAGCAUCUGUACGAA